AUGUCCGCCCCAACUGUUUCCAAGAACAUCGAUUCUUAUGACCCUGACCAGACCACGUUCUAUCUUGGUUACAGGGAAAAUGACUUUGCUCGCCCUCACGCCAAGUAUUUCAAUCCCGAAGUAGAAUUUAUAUCUGACGAAGUUCAGAAGGGUCUUAUAUGUAGCCCGUGGGCAAAUGCGCUGAGCUAUUAG